CACCGAGCUUGGCUCGAACCAAUGCUUGGUACUUUGCAUUCUCAGGUGGAUCGUGCUCCUUCUCAUUUCGAGACUCAACGUCACAUCUAAUGAUUCUCCGCAUUGGAGAUAUCAAACUAUUAUCUAGAAUCUACUAGGAAGAUACCGACAACUUGCGAUGUAUAAAGGGUGGCAGCGACAACAACUUCAAGAUGAUUGUUCACCAUCCACACCGGACCCAACAAUCUUCUACCCAAGGCCACAGCUCCGUCACUCGUUUCCACAGAGCUUUCAUUCAUUAGGCCAGAAUCUUAUUUCGACGCCCAAGUCUUAAUAUUCAAUAUGCAAUUCCGCGAUCUUAUCAGUUUUCUCGCCGUCGUCGGCGCCGCAUCCGCCGCGCCGCGACCCCAGCCGUUGAGCUUUGAUGACGUCGUCAUUCUCGCCGAGGAUGGUUCCUACUCCAUCGUCAAAGAGGCAGAAUACGCUGACAUCGUGGCCCGCAACAACCUCCAGCCUGCUUCCCCAAUGGAGAUAGAGGCCCGCACAGCCGCUUAUGCCUCCAAGAGCCGCCGCGCCUGCGGCAACUCCAACGAGGUCCAGGUCACCUCCGACACGAAGUUCCUGAACUGGGACGUCGCCAUGUCCCCGGUCGUUAGCGCACAGGGCGGGUCCGCCUCCGUCACGCUCUCUUCGGGCUACAUGCUCGCCAACUCGGUCUCUAUCACGGCGACCGAGGGCGUCAUAGUCGAGGCCGUUCUUACGGCCACGCUGUCCGUGUCCUACACCCAGACCUGGACCUCCACAGAAACCCAGGCCUUCGCAUACACAGUCCCCGAGGGCCAAUUCGGCGUCGUCGUGAGCCAGCCGUUAGUCCGCCGCGUCCAGGGCAACUACAUCAGCGGCUGUGUCGACGCCCCGGACAAGAAGGUGCCCUUUACUAGCGAUACAUACACGAACCAGGUGUACGGUGGAGGCUUGAACUGGGUCCAGGGUGUCAUCAGGCUUUGCAACAGCACGACUUACCCUGUCCCGUUCUGCAUUGGAGAGGGCAGCCACACUUAAAUGUAGUAGUUGGUAGUCGAUAUGGAGGAUAUGAGUGUAUGGAUAUGGGCAUGGGUAUGGAUAUGGGAGGGUUUCCGUGUGAAGGA